CACUGACAAUAAAAUAAUUACGACAGUGAGAUAUAUUGUUACACAAAUUUGAGUGAGACAAGAAAAUUGUAGGCUAAACUACGUUAAAUUCCCAACCCAAUUUCAGUUCCAAGCCAUUUAGUCCCCAACCAAACUCCCUCCCAAAUUCCCAUCUAAUCCCCAACCAAACUUCAAUUUCAACUUUUAUCCUUUCCCUAAAACCCAAUUUACUUGAAAUCUUGAUGGCACUCCAAUGGCUUCUGGUCUGCCAUGGAUUGGUGACGCUCUUGGUAGUCGUAUCAUUCCUCUGCGGCCAGUGGCCAAUUUUUCAGGGCACCUUCAUUCAGCGCAUCCACUUCUUCCUCACUUUCGGCGCCUAUGACUAUUUCCGACGAUUUGUUCUCUUCUCGUGCGGCUCUAGGGGCGUCGAUGCGCUUCACUCUGUUGAGUACCAUUGUUGUGACCGUCCCAACCCUAUCAUACAGUUGAUAUAUUUGUUAAUUAUUGGAUCGACGUAUUACAUCAUUGCAAAAUCGUCCUUCAUCUACAUCCCAGGGUAUUAUAUAAGUGGAACGCACAGGUACUCAAGCUUCUUGGCAGUUGGAGUGGGUAUUAUUCUCUUUCUAUUGACUAGCUUUUCUGAUCCAGGGGUUGUGAACUCUUCCAAUGUUUCUCAGUACCUCUCUGCUUAUCCAUAUGAUAACAUUAUCUUCACAGAGAAAGAAUGCGGUACCUGCAAAAUUCCCAAACCUGCUAGGUCAAAGCACUGCAGUAUAUGUGAUCGUUGUGUUGCUCGUUUUGACCAUCACUGUGCGUGGAUGAACAAUUGCAUAGGAGAGAGGAACACCAGAUAUUUCAUGGCGUUUAUUCUUUGGCAUUUUCUCAUCUGCAUAUAUGGAAUCAUUGCACUUGCAUUAAUUCUUGCUGGUAGGCUGAAAGACUUGCAAGUUAUCCACAUUCUAACAGUUUAUUAUGGUGUUGAAAAUUCUUACAGAGAGUUGGCUCCACUUGUUUUACAGUGGUUGUUGAACUCCUAUAACACACAAAUCCUUGUUAUGGUGUUUUUGGCUGUGAUUUCUCUGCUAUUAGCUGGUUUCUUCACAUACCAUGCCAAACUCAGUCUCACAAACACUACUACAAAUGAGAGCUUUAAAUGGCAAGAGUACCUGAGCUGGCAGAGGAAGGUGAACGAGGCAAAGGCGAGCGCUGCAGCUCUAAAAGCUAGUUUAGGCGAACUAAAUCAAGAAAAGAAGCCUCAGGAGAGUAAAUGGAAGACAUUCUUUAGAAGAUCUCGUCUAGAAGAGCUACAAGUGGUUAAGAACAACAUAUAUGACAAGGGAUAUCUUCAUAAUAUCUAUGAGAUUGUUGUUCCCUUCUCGACAAGGCGAUCAUUCUUACUAAAUAAAUCAAAAUCAGGUUAACUCUCUCGACGCUUCUCUGUAUCUUGGUUUUUGCUAGUAACGCGCACUGUGUCCACAAGAAAAUGCUCCGAACUCAAUCCUCACUUAUACCUAUUGGUCAUUUUUGCUGUUAUUGCAUUCUGAUUUUCAUUUUUCUGUGCUGGAAGAUUACUCGAGUGUCAUAGAUUGAGUAGAAAACACAUGAGAUAUUUUUUGGAGAAUUAACAAAGAUAUUGUAAGAUACUUUGGCCUUCCAACUUAGAGAAGUUGAUCAUCAAAAGAUGUAAAUUUGUAUGUUAUGCACUUGAAGUGUAACAGGCAGUUGUAAAUGGAUUUGUAGUUCAUGGAUCUCUGAUAAAUUUAUGUCAUGCUUCAUGCUCUUGGCUGCGA